AUGAAAAACAGCCGCUUCUUUGGCCACAGACUCUAUACUUUUUUUCUGGGAUUUGUAAUCCUGCUUUUCAAAUUUACCCAUGAGAAACUAAUUUUUACAUUUAUCCAGGGUUUUAACAAAUGCCCAGGUGAUGAUUUUAAUUUGCCCUAUGUAAUGACAAGUACACCGAACCAUGGUGAAAUCACUGAUUCAGAUGCGAUCUCACAGCCAGUAAAACUUUGGUCUGAGAUAGAUGAAGAGAAUAUAGAAACAAUGAAUGAAUUGUAUUCAAAACUCUACAAAGAGGCUGAGAAGAUCAAGCGAUGGAAAGUAACUGUAGAAUCAGAACUGAAGCAGAGAGAGAGAAAAUUACAGGAAAACAGAAAGAUUAUUGAAGCACAGCGUAAAGCCAUUCAAGAAUUGCAGUUUGAAAAUGAAAAAUUAAGUUUAAAACUUGAAGAUGAGAUAUGUGAAAAUAAAGACCUUUUAAAAGAAAACAGUGCUUCAAGGCAUAUGUGUAAUCUGCUCAAGGAAACCUGUACUCAUUUCACAGAGAAGUCCACCAAAUAUGAACGUGAAAGAGAAGAAACGAGACAACUCUAUGUAGAACUUAAUAACAACAUUGAAAGAAUGAUAAUGGCAUUUGAAGAACUUCGUGUGCAAGCAGAGAACACCAGACUGGAAAUGUGUUUCAAAUUAAAAGAAGAAAAAGAAAAAGUGGACAAGUUUGAAAAAGAAUACAAAAUGGAAGUCAGUAUGAAGGAAAAACAGAUUUCAGUUUUGACCAUACAGAAUGAUGAAAAAGAUGACAUAAUAAGAGAUAUCAAAACUCAGUUGCAGGAAUCAAAAAGUAAGAUUGCUGACUUAGAAGAAACAACAAGACAUGAAGGGGAAAUCUUGAAGGAAUCCCAGAUCAAUCAGGAGCGUUUGAGGGCAGAGCUGGAAGAAGCUAAAAUUUCGUUGCAAAAAACAGAGACUCUUCAGAAGAGCUUAGAAACUGAAUUGCAGACUGCAGUGAAAGCAUUAAUUCAGGUCACUGGAGAAAAAGAAGCACAGAUGGAAGAAUAUAAAGAAACUAAGGCUUUGCAUGCAUCCGUGGUAGAUGAAUUUGAAACUUCUAUUUCCAAUUUCAAAAGUUUGCUGGAAAAAGAACAAAAUAGGUUGAAAAAAUAUGAAGAUGAAUUGAAACUGCUUACCUUGGAGCUCAGGAAGAAGUCUGCUGAACUAGAAGAGAUGACUAAAUUAAAGUGUGACCAAGAAAUGCAACUUGAAGAGCUGUCAGAAACACUGGAAAAAGUUCAAGGACUUUUAGUGAAGAAGAAACAUCUUGAGACUACUAUUGAAAAAUUGCAGGAGAGAGAAAAAGAAAUGACAAAUAUUCUCCAAGUGAGAGAGGAGGAAAUACAUGAUUUGAAAGUACAGCUGACUGGUACAGUUGAAAACAAAGACGCUUAUCUAAAACAGCUUAUGACACUGAAUGCAGAUCUUGAACAAGAGACACUAAGGAAUGAGCAACUAAGAAUGGAUUUCAAUAAGCUUUUAUCAGAAAAAGAACAAAUAGCACAGGAGAAAAGCAAUAUAGCUGCAGAACUCAAGAAAUUGCAAGAAGGUCAUGAGGAUAAUAGAAAAAAUGAAGAAAAUACAAAGAAGUUGUUAGAAAAUCUGGAAGAAGCAAAUGGCCAGUUAAGAAAUGAAGUAGAGUCUUUGAAGGAGAAGAUGGCAAAGAAGGGUGAAGAGAUUAAAAGUAAACUGGAUGAAAGUGAAGAAAAUACUAGAAGUAUUGAAAAUGAAAUUUCAAGAAAGGAAAAGCAGUUGAAGAUUCUAGAAAAUAAGUUGAAUAAUGUAAAGAAACAGAUGGAAAAUAAAAGCAGAUGUAUUGAAGAGCUGCAACAGGAGAAUAAAGUGCUGAAAAAGAAAAUUGCUGCAGAAAGCAAGAAAACAAGUAUUUAUGAGGGAAAGGUGAAUAAAUUACAGUUAGAGAUAGAAAAUAUGAACAAGCAACAUAAGGAAACAGUUGACAUCUAUCAAAAAGAAAUUGAAGCAAAAAAGCUAACUGAAGAUAAACUUCUUGAAGAGGUAGAAAAGAUGAGGUUACUGGCUGAUGAAGCAACAGUAACACAGAAAGAAACUGAUAUUCGAUGUCAACACAAGAUUGCUGAAAUGGUAGCACUUAUGGAAAAGCAUAAGCACCAAUAUGACAAAAUGGUUGAAGAAAAAGAUACAGAAUUAAAACUUUUUAAGAUAAAAGAGCAUGAGCAGUCAUCAGAAAAGAGAUCCUUGGAAAGUGAGUUAUCGUGUCUGAAGAGUGAACUGUCAUCCCUUAAGGAACAGCUUAAAGCAGAAAUUGAAGAGAAGGAGAAUCUUGCAAAAGAACCCCCCAAAAAUACAGUUCCUGAAAAAGAAAAGAAACACAAGAAAAUACAGACUCACUUUUCUGAGACUUCUAAACCUCAUUUGGAUCUGGACUCUGCAUCUGUCAAUUCAAAAAAAAAUUUGUCUCCAAAUUAUAUUCCUAUAAAAGUCAACAUAAUGGAAAAUAAAGAAAUAUCUCCUUCAGUAUCUGCAAAAAGUACCUUGUGCAGUCCAUCAUUAAAGACAUAUGUUAUAAAGACUCCCCCAUUAAGUAAGCUGCAAAGUGAAAGCACAAAUCUGCCUUCAGAAGGGUGCAUGAGGAAAAAGCAAAAAGUGCUUCUACAGCUGGAUACUCAGUCAGAUAGCUCUGAGCAUAGUGACCUCCUGAGCAUAGUCUCAGAGGAAGAAGUCUUUAAAAAAUUAUACAAAGAUUAUCCUCAAGCUUCACAAUUAUCUGCUAUGACACCAAAAAAGAAACCAGCAGCGUCAAACCUAAAAACUCCAGGCUCUGCACUGAAACUUACAAGUAUGAGAAAAAUGCGAGAGGCUGGAUGGACUGCAGUUUCUAAAAUGGACAGGAAACGAAAAAUGAAAGAAGCUGAAAAACUCUUUACUUAAAAUUAAAAAAUGACUAAUCUUCUAACAUUAUUUGAUUAGUACAACAUAGAAUUAUUAUUCUUUCAGGGUUAGUACACUGUUUUAUUUUUCUGUCCUAUUCAAUAUGUAUUCAGUACUUUAAUUAAUUUCCUUCAUAUCCAUAAUAUUGAUACCUAACUACAUCAACAUGCAGAGCAUUUUCUGCAUUUCACUCCCUAUGCUAUAAGAAGCCUGGAGACAAAAAUUAGCUCACUCUUUAAUUUUGAAAUGAGUAUAACUACAAAGAAAACUGCUUUGAAAAGGAAAGAUAUUUUGUCUG